AUGAUACAGGUACAAGCUUCCUCUCUACCCAAAGCUCAGCAGAGGGGCUCCAAUCCCCCCGUCCCGUCCUCUCUGUGCAGGGCCCACGACGGGGAGCUGGAGGACCUGAGGGCUGUGAACACGAGGAAGACCCAGGAGCUGUACCAGGCCUGCGCCAUGGGGGGACUGGCAGGGGUGCCUGCCAUCAUCCGCUCGGCGCUGGAGGAGCCCUCGCAGAUCCGGCUGGACGUGGCAGUGCUGGGGGAGGCUGGCUCGGGCAAGUCGGCGCUGGUGAACGCUCUGAGGGGGGUGGGCUGCGGGGAGCCAGAGGCAGCACCCACGGGGGUGACGGCCACCACCCGGAAAGCCACAGCUUACGCCCACCCCACCGUGCCUGGCCUGUAUCUGUGGGACUUGCCGGGAGUGGGGGUAACGGAGGAGGACGUGGGGCGGCUGGAUCUGUCCCGUUACGACUUCUUCCUGCUGACGGCCUCGGAGCGCUACCGCCACGCCCAGAGCCAGCUCGCCCGGGCCAUCAGCGCGGCCGGGAAGCGGUUCUUCUUCAUCAGGACCAAGGUGGAUGUGGACGCCCAGCCCGGCUCUGAGCCCGGCCCCGAGCCCGGCCCCUUGGAGGAGAUCCGGAGCAGCUGUGUGGAUGCCCUCCAGAAGGACGGCGUGGGCUCCCCCAGGGUCUUCCUCGUCUCCAGCCUUCUCCGCGAGGCCUACGACCUGCCGGCCCUCCGGGCGGCCCUGGAGAGCGAUGCCCCAGCCUUGAAGAGGGAGGCACUGGAGAAGGCCAUCCCCGUGGCCUUGAGCCGCCUGGUGAGGAGGAAGAACAAGGCGCUGAUGAAGGACGUCUGGGGCAAGACCCUGAAGACCUGCCUGUACUACGCAGAGAAACCUGGCCCGGAUGUGGCCACCAGCCUCGUCGACACAAUCUCGGCUUUCUCCAUCGAGCUGGGCCUGGACGAGGAGUCCUUGGCCCAGGUGGCCAAAGCCACAGGGAAGCCGGCCGGGCUGCUCCAGGCCGAGAUCCGGAGUCCCUGGGUCAAGCGGCUGGACCCGGAGCAGGUGCUGAAGCAGAUCACUAAGCCAGUGCCCUUCUCCUCCCGAAUGUGGGGCUUGGUGCCCUACUGGGGCCGCGGGGCCGACGGGCAGCCCGAGAUCUCCCUGGAGGCCACCUACAGGCUGCUGACACAGGCCCUGACAGAGAUGACGGAGGACGCAGAGCGGAUGCUGCACCAAGCCCAUGCCAAGGAGUAGGGGGAGAGGCUGUUUGUAGAGUGUUUCCUCCCCCAGCGCGGAGAUGCAGCCACCUCUGAGGCGGGCUCGGGGGCUGUGUAUGUGGUGCUGAAUUCCAGCCAGGGCGGCUGUGUGACACAGGGGUUGCUGCUGCAUUAGAGGAGUGUGGUUAUAUAGCUGUGGCAUUGCAUGGUUUUUUCCUGUGUCCCGCACUUGUCAGAAUAACGUGCGACCUGCCCGCCUAGGGGGAGCCCUGCUGAGCUCAGCGAGGCUGAUGUUCUAGCCAGGGACACACACACUGGGCCCUCCGCAGCGCAGACUUUGUAUUAGUUCUUUCUUGUCUGUUUUCCUUCAAUCAGAAAUAAAAGGGAGACCCGGA